AUGCACCCACCUCUCUUUCUCCGAAGGCUCUUCCUUUACCUAGUCUUUACUAUCUUAUUCGUACGCGCAUCUGCUGAGGUAUCGAGACCAGCAAAGCGCUCUUAUUCGACUCAUGACUAUUAUGUGCUUGAGCACGACCCGGCGCAUGGUGUCUCCGUUCAGGGCUGUGCGGAUGCUUUGGGUGCAGAACUCGUGGAGCAAGCAGGCCAGCUGCGCGAUCAUUGGAUCUUACGUUCUCAAAGGACGGAUGGGUCCGAAGAGGACCGAGUGCUCAAAGCUCGCGGGCUGCUAGAAGAGAAUCCAACUUUGACCAAACGUGAUGCUUUACCUAAAGCUAUCCGACAUCUCUCUCGACAAGUGCCGAGACAGCGAGUAAAGCGUGCCGCUGUACCUGCUCCUCCACCUGGCGGACUAGACGACGCUGAUGGCAAGUCGUCGGCUCGGGACAUUGCAGAACGCCUCGGUAUCGAAGACCCGAUGUUCAAGGACCAGUGGCAUCUUGUCAAUGAGGAAUACCCGGAACACAUGAUGAACGCGACACCGAUCUGGGACAUGGGUAUUACUGGCAAGGGAGUUAUAUCUUGCAUGGUAGACGAUGGAUUGGAUUUCGAGAGCGAGGAUCUUGCUGAUAAUUUCGAUGCUGUCGGUUCGUAUGACUUCAACGAUCACGUUGACCUCCCGAAACCAAUGCUUUCUGAUGAUCGUCACGGUACGCGAUGUGCUGGUCAAAUCGCUGCUGUCAAGAACGGCGUCUGUGGAGUUGGUAUUGCAUACGAGUCCAAAGUAGCAGGCGUGCGAAUCCUGUCUGGUCCUAUCUCCGACGUAGACGAAGCCGCAGCAUUGAACUACGGAUACCAAAACACAUCUAUCUACAGCUGUUCCUGGGGGCCAGCUGAUGACGGGAAGUCCAUGGAGGCACCAAGUGUGCUCAUUCAAAAGGCCAUGCUGAACGGUGUGCAGAACGGUCGAGAUGGAAAAGGUUCGGUAUACGUGUUUGCCAGUGGUAACGGCGCGCAUUCGGGCGAUCAAUGCAAUUUCGACGGAUACACGAACUCGAUUUACUCGGUUACUGUGGCUUCUAUCGAUUAUAAGGGAGAGCACCCGUAUUAUUCGGAGUCGUGUGCGGCGAAUAUGAUAACGACGUAUAGCUCUGGGAGCGACCGUAAGAAGCAAAUCGUUACCACCGAUGUUGGGAAAGCUAGUUGUACGACACAUCACGGAGGUACCUCCGCUGCCGCUCCCAAUGCUGUGGGCGUCUUUGCUCUUGCACUCUCAGUCAGGCCAGAUCUUACAUGGCGAGACGUACAGCACUUAUGCGUCAAGACAGCCCAGGUAGUCAACCCCAGCGACGCAACUUGGGAACUCACCGCAACCGGCCAGCCAUACAGCUACAAAUUCGGCUUCGGGAAACUUGACGCUUUCGACUUCGUAACUGCAGCACAACAAUGGACGUCAGUAAAGCCGCAAGCAUGGGUUGAGGCACCUCCUGUGCAGCUUGAGAAUGGUACGAUGGACAAAGAAGGGAAGUUCUCCGGAGGCAUAGAGAUUGAAGAAGAUGGGGUACAGAGUACUAUAGAGAUUACUCAGGAGAUGAUGGACGAGAAUAACUUUGAGGCUCUUGAGCAUGUUACCGUACGGGUGUGGAUUGAGCAUUCGAGGAGGGGAGACGUCGAGGUAACGCUAACAAGUCCGAAUGGCAUUCGGAGCAUGUUAGCGGAGAAGAGGCAUGGUGAUAGGGAUAAGGAUGGGUUCCCUGGUUGGCGCUUCAUGUCGGUGAAGCAUUGGGGAGAAAAUCCAGUCGGAACCUGGACUUUGACCGUCUCUGACCAAGAUCGAGAAGAUGAAAGCGGUAAUUUCAUCGGCUGGCGACUGUCCCUCUGGGGUUCUGCGAAAGACUCAGAUAAAGCAGUCCCGUAUGCAUUGAAGAUAUCUGAAGAGCUUCCUAUUCCUUUCCCUCCACCUGAGGAAGCGGAACCAACUCCCGACGCACCUCAUACAACUGCAGUACCAUCAACGACGAAGUCGUUCCCUAAGCCGACUGCUGCCAUUUCCAGUGUUCCUGGACAAGAAGAUGUUGAAUCCACUGCGGGCCAGGCAACUGCGACGUCUAGCUCUGAUUCGUCUUCAAUGGACAAUGAUACGCGCUUCCGGAUUGCAAUUUUGGGCUUCGUCUUCGCGGGUAUAUUCAUUGCAGGCGGAGCUAUCUUGAUUAUCCGACGAAUCCGACAGAAUCGUCGGAAUGCGCAGAGGAGAGCUGAAGAAGGUGAGGGUGAAGAUGUGCGUAUGCGGUUGCUGGAUAACGAGGCGCAACGACCGCUUUCGUUGAGUGCGCAGGAUGUGUCGACGUAUGAUGAUGAACCUGGAGAAAGAGAAAGGGGUCGAGAGGGUGUUUCUUCUGGUGGUAUUGGCUUCCAUUCUGGAUUCCUGGAUGAAGAUGAGGAGGAGGAGACACGUGCGGUCGAUGGGAAUAGCCGAUAUAGCGAUGCUGAGUCUAGAGAUGAGGCAGAUGAGUCGACAUCGCGAUAGUCUCGAGGUUGAAAAGGAACUUUAUAGCAUUUCUAUUCAUUUUUCUAUAAACUAUUCUCUAUAUUAUUCUAUUGGUCCUGUUUUGCUAUUGCGGAUAUGGAUUCGUACAUGCUUUGUCUUUGUUUCGUAUUUCUGUUCUAUUACGUCCUGUUCUAAUAGAAUU